UAAUGCAGCAGAUAUGGAUCCAUGGAAAUCUUUUGGGUAGUGUGUGAGUCGUAUAUUUUAUUCACAGACCUAGAUUCCGUUAAACUUUAGGGCUUAUUAUAUUUACGUCAUCAAACAUGUUGAGUAAUUGAAUCAGGAUUGGAACCAGAAAAUUGUUAUUAUAAGUAAAAGAAUGCAUUCUUUUUACAGGGGCAGAUAGCUCGAAAUAUUUUCCGUAACUUGUCUGCUGUUAUAAUUGAUUGAGUAAGGAAAUUUAAAAACGAGUGGUGGGAAUCAAGGCGAAUCGAUUCAGGCUGUUUGGGAUGAAGAUGGCAUAUUGCAGGGGCACAUGCAAUGUUUGUCCCGGUGGGCACAUGGGACUUGUCAGAGAAGGAACAUCUCCAUAUGCUCCUGGUCACAUGGGUCCCACUGCCUCCCGGAUUCCCCGGCCGACUUUACUCCUUGUCGCCGGGUCGCCAAGACCCCUUCCCCUCAGCUCAUGGUCACAUCGCCCUUCAUUGACCUGUCGGAGCCGCCGCGGUCAUGUGACCGUGACCCCAUGGAAACAGGGUCAACGGGAGCGCUAUGAUGAGCGACUCCACCAGGCAUGUGAGGUGUAUUAAUAUGUGCUACACACCACAGGGAACCAUUCAUUAAAACAACACAGCUAAGCAAUCCAUGUUUUGUCCAAGCAUUCUCAAUCAGCCCAUCACAAAAACACAUCAAUCCUGGUGCUUUUCAAGCAAUCUCAAUCUGCCCAACACAUCAUUCCUAGUGGUUUUCAAGCAAUCUCAAUCUGCCCAUUACAAGAACACAUCAAUCCUUCUCAAUCUGCCCGUUUACAAGAACACAUCAAUCCUGGUGCUUUUCAAGCAAUCUCAAUCUGCCCAUUACAAGAACACAUCAAUCCUAGUGUUGUUCAAGCAAUCUCAAUCUGCCCAUUUACAAGAACACAGCAACAGCAAUCUUACUGUUCAAGCAAUCUCAAUCUACCCAUUAAAAGAACAGAGCAAUCCUACUGUUGUUGUUCAAGCAUUCUCAAUCUACCCAUAACAAGAACACAACACAGCAAUCCAAGUGUUGUCAAGCAAUCUCAAUCUCAAGAAUGGCAGCAUCUAUCCAGCAUUCACGAUGCACCUAUGAAGAAGAGAAUUUGGAGUUGAUGGAAACAGAGCUUCGGCUGGGACUUCCUGGAAUUGCAGGGGGACAAAAGAGACGGUCAUCACAUGAUGAGGUCGUUGAGGCCUCGCCCUCGGCCUCCCUUCAGACAACUGUGCUGGCUGAUCCAGCCACUGCGCCUCCUCCAAAGGCACAGAUUGUGGGGUGGCCACCUGUGAGAUCGUUCAGGAAAAUUAGUCUGGCUCCAGUUGCUUCAAAGCUUGCAGGGGAGAAGGCCACAUCAAGUCCUUUCUACGUGAAAGUGAGCAUGGAUGGAGCUCCAUAUCUCAGAAAGGUUGACCUAAAAAUGUACAGCAGCUAUCAUGAGCUGUCCUGUGCACUGGAAAAAAUGUUCAGCUGCUUCACCAUGGGGCAAUGCGGAUCACAUUACCAACAGCAUGGGCUGAGUGAGAGCAAGUUGACAGAUCUGUUGAAUGGAUCAGAGUAUGUACCCACCUAUGAAGAUAAGGAUGGAGAUUUGAUGUUGGUGGGCGAUGUGCCAUGGGAGAUGUUCGUGGAUUCCUGCAAAAGAAUGCGAAUAAUGAAGGCAUCAGAAGCUAUUGGCCUUGGCAAGGGGCAUGGCAAUUGUUGAAGACUGGAGUGGGCAUGAGCGAUCAAGUGCAAAAGCACUUUCACAAUGGAUUGCGAAGCAUUUUUUUAAGCUCUCUGUUUUGCCUGGAUCAUUCCACGAGGAGGACAACGAAGAUCUUUGUGAUAAGAAGCAUAAGCAGAACGUACUUCCUGUUUGCAGUUUUCAUCUGGGGGCUUCUGGAAAUAGCAUUUAAUAACAUGGUUAAAUAUGUAAGGCAUUUCGGGUAGACCAUGUUUAUGGAGUGGUGGCUGAAAGUUGCGCACCCGUUCACCCUGACUUACUGUUUCCUAUGAUUUUUUUGGCCGCCUGUUCAUUUGUUAUGGUUUGUGAUGGAAUUUGGAGGGUUCAUCCACCAUAGCUUAAGAUGGCUAUUUUCAUUCCAAAAUGUAAAACUUGAUGUAUAUAUUAAUCGUGAUGUUAAUUUU